AUGACUUUAUCCAAGUUAAAAGACUUGGAGGUUCAGCUGGUAUCAUUGAUCAUUGCGCCCGAUACAGCAUCUCCCCAACUCUCAAUGACUCGAUUCUUGCUCUCAAAACCAUCGUCCACUAUCACUCUCAUCAACAGUUUACAAGUUACAAUAGCCCUGAUUAUGGAGACACCUAAUCCAGGAAGUUAUAACAUUGUUAGGAGAGAGGGAAAGCCGGAUACAGAUGCGCACGAAAACGGCACAUCCGCACGUUGCAGUGUCUUAGGGCUCACGCCGGAAGUGGUGAUCCAAGGCCUUGUCACACAGAUCAUUUAUUCGACGCCGUUGGUUCCAAAUGGUUUCGAGUGUGGCGUGUGGCAAUGGUAUCAGGCUCUGUCUCAUUCUGCCUCUCUUGGACGCUGA